CUCGGUAGCAGCAAGCGCACGAGUCUCUCUUUGGUGGAAGAUUGCGAAGAAGCGCCAUCGUCCAGCUUUCAUUCAGCGUCAUGGAGGAGUCGAGUAGCUGACGUUUCCUUCAACCUUCUCUUUUCCCGCUUCCCUUCGUACGGUCAUCGAUCCGUCAUCGGCGUUUUUAACGACUUUUCGCACUUUGACGCGCAUCUGACUCAGUUUGAGGAUGAAGUUCAUCAUCGGGAUCGGAGGGGUCACGAACGGCGGUAAAACAACACUGACCGACCGUCUGAUCAAGAACCUGCCCAACUGCUGCGUGGUCCAUCAGGACGACUUCUUCAAGCCCCAAGAUGAGAUUGAAGUUGAUGAAGAUGGCUUUAAGCAGUACGAUGUCAUCAGCGCUCUGGACAUGGACGCCAUGAUGAGCACCAUCCACGCCUGGCAGCAGAACCCCGUCAAGUUCGAGCGAUCCCACGGCGUUAACAACUCUCUGGACUCGGAGAUCCUUCCACGCGAUCAGGGCGAAGACGAAAGCGUUCACAUCCUGAUUGUGGAGGGGUUUCUGCUCUACACCUACGGACCUUUGAUCGAUGUGUUGAACCAACGAUACUUUAUUUCCAUUCCAUACGAAGAGUGCAAAAAGAGGAGGAGUUCAAGGAAUUAUUCGGUGCCGGACCCCCCCGGUCUGUUCGACGGACACGUGUGGCCCAUGUAUGUCAAACACACUCAGAUCAUGGAAGACUCGGGGGUUGAUGUCGUGCAACUAGAUGGAACCAUGUCCAAGGAGCAGAUGUACAGCAUUGUGUACGGAAACAUCCAGAACAGCAUCCAGAACCGUCUGCAGUGAGCACAGAUCUGCUGAUGGGCUUCAGGAGGAAGCAGCUUCACAUCGCCUCCUGUGUUCUACUCCAGCCCCGACAGCGUCUGCAUCGCUGUUGUUUUAUAUCCUCAGUAUUUAUUGCUUAUCCAGCUGCGUCUGUAUCAACAUCAGGAUGAUGGAGACUGUUCUAUAAACACAAGCAAAUAAAAUGAAGCUCCUGCGA